UUCGCAGCUCACUCACUCUUAGCCGUCCUCCAUUAUUGUUAGGCCGUCGGGUGUCGACCACAAGAGCCACUUUUCCCUCACUCUCUACCCACCUAUCAGCGCUUCUUCUCUUGGUUGGAGGUAGAUAACCCAUUGGUUUUAUCCUCGAAUCCCUGCCUCCUUAGCCUUCUCGCACAAAGUACGCUUCAGGGUUGGCGCUUGCCAAGCACCCUUCCUUGAAGCUGCAGCAGCGCGCUGUGCUGUCCCCUCAGUCCUCGUUCGCUCCGCCUCGUGCUCUCUCCGCUUGACGCUCGGAGAGCUCCUUGCCUGUCCUUACCUCUGCUGAAAUGCUAGAGCACGUUGUCCAGUAUGACAGAAACAAAGAUGCAGUUGGAAGACUGGCUGGAUGAUUUAUGUGUUCGCUUUAUCAUCAACUUACCCCGAGAAGAGCUCGAAUCUGUUGAACGCAUCUGUUUUCAGGUUGAAGAAGCACAAUGGUUCUACGAAGACUUCAUUCGGCCGUUGGAUCCGGCUCUCCCGUCCUUGUCCCUGAAAGCCUUCGCUUUGCGCAUCUUUCAGCAUUGCCCAUUGAUGUCCCAAUGGUCGCAUUAUCAUCAUAUCACCGCAUUCUCCGAAUUCCUGGCCUACAAAACCCGGGUUCCGGUGCGCGGUGCCAUCAUGCUUAACGAUGACAUGGACGAGGUGGUCUUGGUCAAGGGUUGGAAGAAAGGCGCCAACUGGAGUUUUCCACGAGGCAAAAUUAAUAAAGAUGAGAAAGACAUCGACUGCGCCAUUCGAGAAGUCUACGAGGAAACUGGUUUUGACGUUCGGGAAGCCGGAUUGGUCCAAGAUGAGAAAGAUGUCAAGUUCAUCGAAAUCACCAUGAGAGAGCAGCACAUGAGGCUGUAUGUUUUCCGGGGCGUGCCACAGGAUGCUCAUUUUGAGCCGCGUACCCGCAAGGAGAUUAGCAAGAUUGAGUGGUACAAGCUGUCCGAGUUGCCGACACUGAAGAAGAGCAAGCAGCAAGAUCAAGGCUUCGCCGUCGCCAAUGCGAACAAGUUCUAUAUGGUAGCUCCGUUUAUGCAUCCACUCAAGAAGUGGAUUGCCCAACAAAAGAGGCUUGAAGGAAAAACUCCAGGUGGCCCGAAGCUGCCUAUGCAGAACGACAUGUCGAUCGACGAAGCUUCCCAUGCUGUGCACAGCUUCACACCGAAUCAGGCGGCUGCGGAAAUGGCUACUCCCAGUGACUUGCCAGAACUUGCGUCGACUCAGGACGCCUCUGCUCACCUUAAGCGCCUUCUCAACAUUAACAAUCUGGUUCCUUCUGGAAAUACAUCGCCGAUCAUCCAUGCACCAGUCUCAGGGCCUAGUGCCUCUAAAUCUAAUGCUCUUUUAGAGCUGCUGCGGACCGGCUCGUCUCGUGAAUCCCUUCCACAAGCCAAUAUUCCAGAGCAGCAAUCGAUGCCGGCCCCUCUUCCAGGGAGUGUGCCUCCUGUGAGUCGUCCUUAUCCCGCGAUGGGCUUCUUCCCGGGCUUUCCCCAGCAAGGCCCUCAUGUCGGCGUUACCCCCAGCUUGCCGUCAUACCCACAGCCCAAUCACGGUCCUGUACCACAUCUACCAGCAUCCAUUGCCAAUGCAAUGCCUCAUGGCCAGUUGAAUCAAAGACCGCUCUCUGCUGCUCCUCCAGGGCCAUCUGGUAGUGUUCACGGAACUUUCCCCCCUCAGCAGUCGCUUGCAUCACACUUCCACAAAGACACAGGUUCGCUGGCAGAACUCGCUCCCGCUCCGCAGAGUCAAGCCGCCCCUGCCCCCUACCAUCGAACCGGUGAUCCUCAAUUCUCUCAAUCAGGUCAUCCUUCCCAAGCUCCCGGUGCGACCGUGCCACCGGCGAGAAAUUUGCCUCCACCCAAACUUACGAGCCAUUCCCUGGCUCUGUUGAAUGUUUUCAAGGAUGACUCGACCAAAACACCCAAGACGCCCAAGGCGAACUUGGUGUCCCAUACUGGACCGGCGCAAGCCAGUGAACGAAGGCCCUCCCAACAUCAGGAUCAUCUCCUUAAUUUGCUGAGAGGGUCUCCUGCUCCUGCUGUCUCUGGGCCGGCCGAACUAUCGGGUCAAUCAGUGUCCCCGGCCAGAAAACAAGUCCUUCAACGACCCCGGGGGGACCAUAGCCCUGCGCGGCGCAGUUCGCCCGCGGCUAGUCCAUGGACUUCUUCGCCAGCCUCUGGACCGACCAUGCAUACUUUACAACCCGGAGCUCAGAAGCCAUCAAGAAAGGCACAGAAUGGGCCGAAUCGCAAAGGACCCAGAAAUGAGCAGACAUCGGCUGUUACGGCCCCUAUAACAAUCUUGGCAAGACCGCAAGCCGCCAAAGAACAGCCUCCUGCACGCGCUUCUCCGCAAACCUCCCGUCCUCCCUCCCAGCCUAGGGGUCCGAAACCCAGUUCUCCGGAGCCACCUAAACCUUUCCAGCCGCAGAUUCUACGUCGCUCUGAUAACCCAAAUGCGAUGAAUCUUCUCCCGAUUCGGACUGCACUCAAUGAGAGUCAAGAUCAACAGGCCGCCGCACGCUCCACGGAGUCCCCUCGGCAUUCGCAACCUCAACCCAGCUUCGACCGCAGACCGAGUCAAACUGUCGCGCAGAAGGAGAUGCUCCUAUCACUCUUUGGCAAAACAUCUGUCUCUCCGAAUAUUUCCCCUGCGGAACUGGGUGCAUCUGUUCCGAAACCGUCGCAGCCUUCUUCUGUCGUUAGCCCACUGUCGCCGGUCAACUUGCCCGCUGUUCCUAACGUUGGCCAGACACCUCAUGAAAUGGAGGAUAGUCAGAUAUCUAAUGCCAAUAAGUAUCAGUCCACGAACAUGAUGCGCUCCAGCCCAUCUACACGCACAAUAUGUGCGCAAUGUCUCGUCCGCAAUCGAUCCUUCUCCACGACCAUCCAGCGUUGCGCCCCACGAUCCACCACCCCGAACCCACCCUCCCCGCCAGCAACCGGAUAUGCACGUCUCACAAACCGCGGAUUAAUCUCCAUAACGGGCAUAGAUAGCACCUCAUAUCUCCAAGGCUUAAUCACCCAGAACAUGCUCAUCACGAACGACCCGAACCGUGCAACCCGUCGAACCGGCUCCUACACUGCUUUCCUGAACUCCCAAGGCCGAGUGCUGAACGACGCUUUCCUCUACCCAUUACCCCAGGCAGAGGGCACAUCACCGGACGAACACGCAUGGCUGGUGGAAGUGGACAAGAGCGAAGUCACAACUCUCUUGAAACAUCUCAAAAAACACAAACUCCGCGCGAAACUCAAGCUACGUGCCCUGGAUGAGGGAGAACGCACUGUGUGGGCCUCAUGGAAAGAUCAUAGUGAACCCCGGUGGGCAGCAUACAACCUGGAUUCCCAGUCACUUUCGCCCUUUGCCUCGUCUUCUGCGACGGUUACCGGAUGUGUAGAUACCCGCGCACCAGGAUUUGGGUCCAGGCUCAUCACGCCGGGUGAGGGUGAUUUGACGACGCAUCUGGCGGAGGGAGAAGGCGAGGGUUAUGGAUCGGAGGUGGGUCUGGGCUCUUAUACCGUGCGACGGAUGUUGCAUGGCAUUGCGGAAGGGCAGUCGGAGAUAAUCCGCGAGUCCGCGCUUCCGUUGGAGUCUAACAUGGAUAUGUCGCGGGGUAUUGAUUUCCGCAAGGGAUGCUAUGUCGGUCAGGAACUUACGAUCCGGACGCAUCAUACCGGUGUUGUGAGGAAGCGUAUACUGCCGGUUCAGUUGUAUAAUGGGGAUCUAGGCGACUUGGGGUCGGCCGAUAUGCCGGUGUAUGACCCCUCUGUGGAUGUGGAGUUGCCGCCAUCCGGGUCGAAUAUCUCCAAGGUCAGCGCGCGCAAGGGCCGUAGCGCGGGCAAGUUCUUGGGCGGUAUUGGAAACAUCGGACUUGCUUUGUGUCGAUUGGAGAUGAUGACGGAUGUUGCUUUGACUGGUGAGGGGACUCAAUAUAGUCCUGAUCAGGAGUUCAAGGUCUCAUGGACUGGGGCUGAAGGUGGAUCGUCUGAGUCUGGCGAGGUGAAGUUGAAGGCACUUGUCCCAGCUUGGACGCGAGAGCACAUCUACAAUGGUGGAGUGAAGAAAAACCAGGGGCGUAACCUAGAACUGGAGGGACAGCGAGCCAGAGAACUGUUGGAACAGUUGGAGGAAGAGGAGGAGUCACGAUGAAAUGACCAACUGCGUCAACAAUGUAUCAUAGAUCAAACGUGUAAUAUAUUGUCAAAAAUAUACCGGUAAAUA